ACUCUGAGCAUGCGCAACCUCUCGCUCAGUUCAGAGCACAUCACCACACUCCCGGACUCUAAAAUUUGCAAAACUGCCCUCGAUCUCGACGAAAAUGUCCUCUACGCGGUCUCAGAAAGUCGCACUGCUGAUUCUCAGGUGGAAAUCAAAGUCUGGAAGAUCCCUGACACAGGUCCAUCGACGCCAGAAAUGUUAGCGAUGUUCAUUACGGCUCCUUCUUCCAACGAAAGCGAGUCAGAUCAAGUUGCCGAACUACGGUUCCUCCCCGAGCGGCGCAGACUUUGCAUUCUGGUACGCGGAGGCGAUAUUGCGAUGGUACCGAUAGAUGAUGCGGAUCCAAUCCCUGAAGUCGAAGGUACAAUCGAGUCAGGGAUCUUGGCCGCAUCAUGGAGUCCGGACGACGAGCUUCUGGCCAUUGUCACCGGCGAGCGAAAGUUGACACUGAUGACUUCGACAUUCGAGAUGCUUUCCGAUACAUUUCUGUUCACGAACGAGUUGGGAGAAGACGCACAGGUCAAUGUUGGAUGGGGAUCCAAGCAAACUCAAUUUCACGGGUCCCUCGGCAAAGCCGCAGCCCAGGCCCCUACUCAGAAAACUGUGGGUACCAGUUCGGACGACGAUCAACGCACGCGUAUUAGCUGGAGAGGGGAUGGUGCUUUCUUCGUUGUUUCUGCGCUGUCUACAGUCGAGAGCCCGAUACCUCGUCGUGCUCUUCGUGUCUACGACCGUCAAGCUGUCCUUCAAUCAACCUCAGAACCGGUAGCCGGUUUAGAGCACCCUCUUUCCUGGCGACCAUCCGGGAACCUUAUUGCGGGAACCCAGAGGUUUGGAUCCCAAGAAGGGUUAGGAGCAGGCAACGAAGGCAGACACGAUUUAGUGUUCUUUGAAAGGAAUGGGCUAAGACAUGGGGAAUACCGAAUACGACAAGAAGAUAUCUCGAUACCAGUAAAUCGCACUGAUGCGGAGCGACGACGAUGGGGCUACAAAAUUAAGGAACUGAAUUGGAGUUCCGAUUCUAAUGUUUUGGGCAUCUGGAUCGAAGCAGACGAUAGGGAUAUACUUCAACUCUGGACAACGGGCAACUACCAUUGGUACCUCAAACAUGAAAUGGUCGCCCCGGCAUUAUCGGCGGAGCCUGCAAGGUUUACUUCCAUCGCGUGGCACCCUGAACACUCGUUAGAGAUCAUCCUGACUACUUCAACCCAAAUUAUUCGGCGGACAUUGAUGCUCGAAACCUGCACAUCAUCAACCAAACCUCCUAUCGAUUCCGGAACUGUAGCUGUUUUAGAUGGAGCCAAGAUUCUCCUGACGCCCUUCCGUGCCCAAAAUGUUCCGCCGCCGAUGUCGUCCUUCCAACUCACCCUCAGCAAUAUUUCCUCUCCAGCCCGUACUCCGGUCCACGUGACGCUUGGACCGCUCGACGAGACCCUUGCACUUUUAUGGGAAUCUGGUGAAAUUGAGCUCUGGGAGUUGCAAACGCGUAUUACACCUGGGCCAGGGAAAAUCAUGUCACCAAUUCGAAAGUUCUCUUCGACCGCCGCAGGACGACAGCGUCAAAUCGUCAUCCCGCAAUGGCCAGGAACAGUGCUUCUUCUCGGGAGCGGUCGGCAAGGCCACGAUCUUGUCACUGUCGUGCGGACAAUCGAGGGAGAGCCCUUGACGAUCGUUGAAAUGCCCACGUCCAGUGGCCGAUUGAUACCAUGCACGACUGAAAUUGACUCUGUAAUCUGGCAGGCUGGUGGCGGAGAACUUUCUAAAGUCGACCUAUUGGCCCGGUCUGUCGGUCGCAUUAAUGACGCGUCAUUCCCGGAAUUCUGUCCCGCAGCUCAAUGCAUCUCUGGGGCCGCGGCGGACAGCGACGUUGUCAUUGGUCUCGGUUCAUCGGGAAAACUUUACGCGAUUCCACUUUCCACGGGAGGGUGCCGAGUUAUCUCAGCAAAUGCAACUUCUUAUGUUGUCGCGUCUGGCUUCCUGAUCUACACCACCAGCGCACACGAGGCAGUUUUUGUCCCAGUCGCAUCUUUAUCGGUUGUUGGUGACAAAGAUUCAGAGAGUUGGGAGAAGCGACGCAUCGAGCGAGGCUCUCGGAUUGUGGUUGCGGUUCCCAGUGCCAUGGGCCUUGUGUUACAAAUGCCUCGGGGGAACCUUGAGACGAUCAAUCCACGGCCACUGGUCAUGGAAGUCGUUAGACAGGAUCUAGACGCGCGCAAUUAUCGCAAAGCCUUCCUGGCCUGUCGCAAACACCGGAUUGAUCUCAGCGUUCUAGUGGAGCACGACCAUGCCGCAUUCUUGGAUAACUUGAAGUCAUUUGUCGAGCAAGUUCAUGAGGUGGAUCAUGUAAACCUCUUUUUGACGAGUCUCGGACAGAGUACACAAAGCCCAGAGAAGGUUUCUGCGCUGUGCGAUAGUCUUCGGACAGAACUUGAGGCGAAAGACCUGACGAAAUACGUCAACUCCAUCUUGACUGCGUAUAUAGUAAAAACCCCAGCAGAGCCUGAGGCCGGGUUGACGCUGUUACUUCGCUUGCGAGACACAGACCCUCACCUUGUCGAAGAUGCAGUCAAAUAUAUCAUCUUUCUCAUGGAUGCGAACAAGCUCUUCGACACUGCGCUAGGGAUGUACGAUUUCUCGCUAGUGCUCCUAAUCGCCCAGCAUGCCCAGAAGGACCCUCGAGAAUAUUUACCGUUCUUACGGGAGUUGCGGUCCCUUGAGACGCAUUACCAGCGGUUCCGGAUUGAUGACUAUCUAAAGCGGCCGGAACGAGCCUUGAGGCACAUCCACCUCGCAGGAGCAGAUCGUUUCGAGGAGGCUGUUAGCUACAUCGAGAAACACCGGCUACACGAACUGGCCAUAUCGAUCUGGAAGGGCACGGAUCAGUACAAUGCAAGUUGCCCAUCUCCUUUCUUUCCUUGGUUGACUUUUCGACAGAAAGUGCUUGAAGUCUACGGUGAUUGGCUUUUCGAGCGUCGCGAUUUUAGGCAAGCAGCGUCAAUCUACAUUCAAGGAAAUGCGCUAUCAAAGGCGAUGGUGGCACAAGAGAAAGGGCUCGACUGGCAAGAGCUGUUCGACCUAGCGAGCCAAACGGGCGUGUCUGAGGAAGAUGUUGUCGCUAUGGGUUAUCGUGUUGCGGAGGAUCUUGUCUCGAAGAAACGACCAGCAGAAGCUGCACGUGUCCUACUCGACUACGCCCAAGAUACAAGAGAGGCGGUCAUUGCGCUUGCUCAAGGGAACCUCUUUUCGGAGGCGCGGAGAAUAGCCACAUUGCACGAUUCGCCAGAAUUGUUGGUGGAUGUUAUCCAUCCAGCGGCGCUUGAUAGUAGGACACAGAUAUCGGAAGAGCUCGACGAGAUGAAGGAGCAGCUUCGGAAACAGUUGAACCGAAUACGGGAACUGAGGGUGAAGAAGCUUGAGGAGCCGGAUGCAUUCUAUGGCGCUGAAGACGAUGUAAACCUGCACAACGUUGACGCCAUGACCGAUAUUUCUAUGGCCCCGACAGCAUUUACGCGGUACACAGUCGCACCGACAACAAUCUCCCGAUCGUCUACUAGGAAAACAUCGCGCUCCAGGCAGAAAAGCGAGCGCAAAGCGGGCCGGAAGGGUACCGUGGAGGAGGAAGAGUACCUCCUCAAGUCUAUCACGAAGCUUGUCGGGCGUUUCAAUGCUUCACAAGUCGAUGCAAGACAGUUACUUCCGCAUCUCGCCCAGUUCACACCGGAGCAUGUAGCGGAGGGCGUCGCGCUGCAAGCGGAGUUGUCAGAGUUUGAAGCGGAGUUUGCCGCUGCGGUGGAUGAGAUUUGGACACUACCAGCAAAGCCGGCGUUGGAGGCGGGUGUCCCCGAGCUGCCCGCGAAGCCUAGCGAUCCUCUGGAGAAGGUGCCAAAACCUGAUUCGAAGGGACCAGAUGAGUGGCGGAUGAAGUUGCUUGUACGAUGA